UGUUUUUUUUUUUCAUAGAUGGAUUUUCCACUUCCAGAGUUCAUCAUGGCGGCAGGAUUCUUCCUGGUACUGAUUAUUGAGCGCAUUGUGUUGGACUGCAGUGAGCAUUCAUCAGCUGAGAAGUUGCCACUUCUGUCUCCUACAAAUUCAUCUGAUCCACAGAACUAUUCCAGCAGUAGCCACCAUCAGCACAAUCACAGUGGGCAUCAUCACCAUUCCCACAGUUAUUGCCACUCCCACAGUUACAGUGCUGAAGAUGUAGAAAGUGGGGGACACCACAUCCAUGUGGACUUUUAUGCUCACUCCACUUUCCGUUCAUUUAUACUCUUCCUGUCUUUGUCAUUCCAUUCAGUCUUUGAAGGAUUGGCUAUUGGCUUGCAAGACUCUGAGUCCAAGGCUGUACAAAUUUGCAUUGCCAUUUUGAUCCAUAAGAGCAUUAUAGUUUUUAGUCUUGCUUUAAAGUUGAACCAAAGCAAGGUUCGGCCAAACUUUAUGGUGGACUACAUUAUUCUGUUUGCACUGAUGUCACCACUAGGAAUUGCAGUUGGCAUUGGAGUAAUGCUGACUCAAGGAAGUGGUGAUGGCCUAGCUCAGUGUAUUUUGGAGGGAAUUGCUGCAGGAACAUUUGUUUACAUCACCUUUUUAGAAAUUUUGCCACAUGAGUUGAACUCCUCUGAACAGCGGUUACUGAGUGUUUUAUUUGUUCUUAUUGGCUUUUCCAUUAUGGUUGGCCUGUCUUUUAUUGCAUGAUCUCUGUGAGAUCGAGGACACGUCUGACCUCGCAAUGUAAUUUCAAAGGUUUUUACCAUAUAUUUGUAUUAUUGCUAUGAUUUUUGUUAAACAAGUGCCUUUUGUAAUUACUGUUUUUAUCUACAUAUAUAUCUUUAAUUUUAUGUUUUACUUCAAAGCAUUAAAGUAAAUAUUUCACACGUAUUACAAAAUUCUCAGGAUUGCAGGCAUUGCAACUGGUUCCUCAAAUGAAAAACUGGAUGGAAUGCUAAACAGAACUAAAUUUUUUAAAGAA